AUGGCUCAAGAAGCGCCUGUCAAUGGCGGCCCUCGCCAACAAUACGAAAGAGUGCCGGCACAGCCUGAGAACCCCUUUGCGGCUCUCAUCCCGGACCAGCACAUAGCCGUCAUCCCCGAGUUCACCCUCGAGUCGGGCAUCAGCCUCCGCAAUGUCCCCGUCGCCUACACCACCAGGGGCAAGCUGUCGCCCGACGCCGACAACGCCAUGGUCAUCUGUCACGCCCUCACCGGCAGCGCCGACGUCAGUGACUGGUGGGGGCCUCUGAUCGGCGGGCCGGGGCGGGCCUUUGACACGUCGAGGUUCUUUGUCGUCUGCAUGAACAGCCUCGGCAGUCCCUACGGCACGGCGAGCCCCGUCACGGCCAAGGACGGCGACCCGGCCAAGGGUCGGUACGGGCCCGAGUUCCCCCUCACCAGCAUCCGCGACGACGUCAACCUGCACAAGCUGCUGCUCGACGACCUGGGCGUCAAGCAAGUCGCCGCCGUCGUCGGCGGCUCGCUGGGCGGCAUGUUUGUUCUGGAAUGGGCCUACUUUGGCCGCGACUACGUGCGCUGGGGCGAGGCGCAGCGUCAGAGCAUCUACGCCGACCCCAAGUACGACGACGGCUACUACCCCUUUGACGACCCCCCGACGGCCGGGCUCGGCGCCGCCCGCAUGUCGGCGCUGCUGACGUACCGGAGUCGCAACUCGUUUGAGGCCCGGUUCGGUCGCAACACGCCGGAUCCUUCCAAGGGCCAGACGAUCCGCGAGCCGACGCGGCCAAGCACGCCGUCCGAGGCCCACUUUCGCAUCCACAACGACGGGCACAAGUUCGAGGGCCCCGGCAAAGACGGCGGCGGCGGUCUGACGGGCGGCGAGGCGAUGCCGACGUCGACCUACUUCUCGGCGCAGUCUUACCUGCGCUAUCAGGGCACCAAGUUUGUCAAGCGUUUCGACGGCAACUGCUACAUUGCCAUGACGCGCAAGCUAGACACGCACGACGUCUCGCGCAGCCGGGCCUCGACAAUUGCCGAGGCGCUGGGCCUCAUCCAGCAGCCGACGCUGGUGCUGGGUAUCGAGAGCGACGGCCUCUUCACGUUUGCCGAGCAGGAGGAGAUUGCGCAGCACGUGGGCAACGCGCGGCUGGAGCGCAUCAACAGCCCCGAGGGCCACGACGCGUUUCUGCUGCAGUUUGAGCAGGUCAACCGCUACAUCCUGGCCUUUCUAAAGGAGGUGCUGCCGGACAUGAUGAGCAGAGAGGGGGAUGCGCUCGACGAGGAGACCGGGGUAGGACAGGUGACCAAGUCGAGCACCUUUGGCGAGGCCGAGGUGGAGGACAUAACGGCAUGGUGA